AGUGAUAUAUUAGAUACGUUUUGAGGAUUAUUUAUAUACAUACAUAUAUAUAUGUAUGUAUAUCGAAUGGAUCUCGCGGGAUAAGGGAGCCGCCCAGCCGCGAAAACGCGCAAAACCCUUCCUACCUUUAGCAACCUAGACGACCAACCCCACUCUCUUCACUCUACUCCGCUUGCGACUCCUCGACGCGCAUGAAAACAUCGGCGCGGCGCGUGCAAUCUUUGUAGUUGACUGGGUGACAGCGUGUGCUUUGGAUCCUACGGAUAGUUUUCUUCGGAGGAUUAUAUUGUUGAACGUGGAGUUAUGCCAGUGACGAGAGUGCCAACUGUCUUUCAUCCUGAUGGUGGUGGUUGUGAUGUGAAUGAUGAGAUAAAUCAUUCUAAGCUAUCGUCGGACCAGUGGUACCAGUCUGAACUCAAUUGUGAUACUAUUACUACUACUACUACUGUUACUACCAGUAUUGCUACUACUGUUAAAAGUAAUAUCGCUACCAGUGCUGCUGCUGCUGCUGCUACUACUACUACCACUACUACUACUGCUUGUUCUCGUGCUAUUGGUGCUCAAUCAAGGAAACGUAACCAUUACGCAUUUGUGACUUUUCUUCGGAUCAACAUGACAGCCGUUAUUAUCGGUAUUAUCGGUGUCUUCGUUGUCCAGUUCGCUGGUACACUUGGUAUCUCCAACAAAGGUGGCGACAUCAAAGUUGAAAUAAAAAUGCCAAGGGAAGCUGAGGAAGGUUCCACAGUCGAAUUAAGAUGCGAAUGGCGACUUUUGGGUGGAGCUGGUCUUUAUUCUGUCAAGUGGUACAAGGACGAACACGAAUUUUUCCGAUACGUACCAGACAACGAUCCCAAAAUACAAACAUUUCCACAACUUGGUAUACACCUCGACAAGAGGUCAAACAGCGAAAAGUCGAUAAGGUUGGCGAACGUGAGGUUGGAGACAUCCGGUCAAUACAAAUGCGAGGUAUCAACCGAAGGUCCAUCGUUCGCCUCGUUUCAUAAAACCGCUAAUUUAACAGUAAUUGCUCUUCCGGAACGAGGACCGGAAAUCACGGGCUUAUCCGAGCACUACGCCGUUGGCGAAAACGUGACUGCCAACUGUACGGCCUGGCCUUCGAUACCAAAAGCCGAUCUCCGCUGGACCAUCAAUGGAGAAACGGUGCCAGCAGAGAACACGGUACAGCAUCCACCUCUGGCUCCAAUAAACUCCAAAGGUAUACCAAACAGCCUUGGUUUACGUCUGGAAGCAGAACCAAGACAUUUCGGUGGUGGUAGGCUGGUUAAGAUCAAAUGCAUCGCCAAAGUCGGUUCUCAUACGUACGAAGCUAAGAGGGAGGUCAUGAUGGCCUAUGUGAACAACCAGAGGCUGAGUGCCGGUGAUCUUCGCAGCAACAGAGCCUGUCGUAACGACGAUCGAUUUCUCUACGGUCCUCUGAUCUUUUCGAUCCUUUUGAUCAUCUUUGCAACGUGACCGUGCAGAACGUGAACAGAGUUAUCCGCGAAUCACGCUUUAACGCGUAUUACGUCACGUCUGCUAGACGGAUUCAGUGUCAGUCGUCCGAUCCUUACGUAUAAUAUUAACCUAGCCGUUAAGGUAUUAGAUGAGUGAUCUACUAUGAUCCGAACGACGAUGACUAUUUUUUUGUUACUUUCAUUUCUUUUCUUUCUCUAUC